AUAACAAAACAAAACGUCAGAGCGUAAUAGUGCACAACCAGGUGAACUUGACCAUGGUUGUGUAAUCCGGUUCAAAUUCAACGAUUUUAUUCAGGCAACUGCGACCUGCAACAGCUGGACUUGCAAAACAAAUAAAUAGAAGAGUCGAGUAGAUUAUGCGCCUAGGAACACGACUAUUUACUAUUUUAAUUUUGCUCCACGGUUCCUUCUUCAGUAUCGCUAGGGAAGUCUCUCAAGGCUGCUAUAUGUGUCAUAUUCGUGUCUUCGGGACACACACGAGCAGAUAAGUUUUGUCAAAGGUCGCUUAGACUUUGAGUCUAGCAGAGGCAUAUCUCCUUCGAGACGUACGUGCUACUUGCUAACCCCUGUGCUUGGCUGGCAUGAUUCUUCUUGCACAGAGGAGAUUUUUGAAGAGGAAUUUAAGCGAUCAGACCCGAGGCAGUGUGAAACAAUUCUUUCAUUUGAAGCAGUAAGUGUGUGCAUCUACUCCAGACGGCUAUUCACUGUUGUGGUAAAGUUCCCGCUAACUGAUCAAAUAAACUGAUUGACAAUGGCUAAUUCAUUGGAAGAUCUGGGAGGACGACGUCACUUUGACUACAUAGUCAUCGGCUGCGGAGGCAUUGGAAGCGGAGCGCUUUUUUGGCUCUCCAAGAAAGCUGGCUCAAAUGUCCUUGGUCUUGAAAAGUUCGAACUGGCGCACGAAAAUGGUGGCUCCCAAGACAUAUCUAGAAUCAUUCGACUGACUUACCCUGACGACAGGUACCUCAAGCUCACACCACAUACCUUUACAUGCUGGGAGGCUGUGGAGGAGGAGUCGGGCAUGCAGGUGGUGUACAAGCCUGGCGGUGUGACAUUAGCUGAAAGAGGAAAGACGGACCAUGUCAUGGAGAAAUAUGAAGCUGCGAUGAGACGAGCGAACAUCCCUUUCGAGACAUGGGAUAACAAACAGUUGAUGGAAAGAUAUCCUCAGUUCACAGUGGGUCCCGAGUUCCAGGCCACUUUCCAGAAAGACGCCGGGUUGGUGGACGCAGCCCUCGGUAACGCGCUGCACGUGCAGUUAGCUCAGGGACGAGGGGCGAAAGUGCUGGACAACUGUCCGGUCAACAGAGUCGCCAAAGCUUCAAAUGGACUCAUCACGGUGUCCACUCCUCUGGGUGAUUUCACGUGCAAGAAGGUCAUCGUCACUGCCGGGGCGUGGAUCAAUCAAGUGCUCAGCUCUAUCGGAUGUCACGUGCCCGUAUAUGUCACGGAAGAAAACGUCACGUAUUUUGGCUCACCGCAUAUGAAGGAAUUUACCAAAGACAAAUUUCCAAUGUUCAUCUACCACACCCCUAUCAACGACGUCUACGCCCUUCCCGUGCACGUCAACGGCUGCACCAAGAUAGGAGUGGACGCCGGGGGAGCUGUGGUCUCGGGCGACAAAAGAACUUGGACACCGGACCCCAAACGGCUCGAGUUUCUACAGGACGUCUGCAAGAAAAUUAUACCGAAGAUUCGCCAGCCUCCUCGGCAAGAUACUGAGCGAGAUGGCAGUGGAUGGUCAGACACAGUAUGACGUAUCUGGUUUUUCCUGGGACAGAGAGGCGCUCACCAACCCAAACUUCAAGCCCGUCUUUCAAAUGGCUUCUCAAAAGAGCAAGCUUUAAGUGCAUGAUAUUUCCGAGUCACCACUUUUAGGAACUUAACUGGUGUGCUUAAAAAAUGUUUUUACUAUUUAAAAAUAAACAGAGAAUGAAGUUUUAACUUAAUUAUAAUGAUUACCAUACUAAAUAUUUAUACGUGCGUAUUUGCGCACUUAGUCAAAGCGAAGGUCAUGGCAGGCUCGUUUGUUGACAAUGCAUGGAUAUUUUGUUGUUAAUACUCAGCAUGCUAAUGGGUAUACUUUGCCCCCCCCCCUCUCCUUUCUGUCCCCAAACACAUGCACACCUAUUUUACUUACAAACACACACAUAUCAUCAUCAUCAUCAUCAUCAUCAUCAUCAUCAUCAUCAAGGGCCAGAUCUGAAGCAGACAUCAGCGAUUCAUUUCUACGCCGCUCCGACGCUCUAAAACUACAACAACAAACACCCCAUCCCUCCCUACGCACGCA